AUGGCGAUAAAGUAUUUUGUCAUUGCUAAUAAUAGGUUACAAACGGUAAUGAAACAGGGAAUGUUUGCAAGUAAAUAUCCUCUAUCUGUUACCAACACUUACAAUGUCACUAAAGUCGCAAUCAAUGAGGAUUUGGAACCAAUCAAAAACUUUGCCAAAAGUAUAACAAAGGAAAAUAUGAAGGCUCUAUCUAACCAUCGAAGUUCACAAUCUCAAGUAACUUUUUGCUCUACUGUUGCGACCACUCAGAAACUCAUUGCAUCGAGGUUUGGCUGGUAUAAAAUUGAGGUGGAUGUUGUUCACGGCAGAACAAAAUGCAACUUUGUAUUAUGGGACAAAGAAAGCGAGCAGCUCUUAGACAUGUCUGCUGCACACAUGCGCACCACAAUGAUUGAGAAGGGAGUAAAUGAUCCUCUUAAAUUUCCGCUGGCACUUGACAAAAUGUUGGGUUUAGAGAUUGCCUUCAAGGUUAAGUGGCAACCAGAUUGGAAGAAUUUUUCUGUUGUGAUGUUACUUCGAGACGAAGGUGUUAUUAAUCAAUUGAAAGCCCCCUGGCCAUCUGAAAUAUCAUCCAUUUCAGAACCAAUUAACGCACCUGCAUUACAGAUUAAUGAGAGUGUUGAUGAGAGGGGUGUUGUUGAUGAGUGCGAUGUUAUUACGGAUCUUAAAAUUACUUCCAAACACAACCCCGAACCAGUGACACCUACGGCAAAAAGGCAGGCUCCUGAUGGCUCAAGUGAAUCUACAACAAUGAAGAACUUGUGCAAUGGGGAGUUAUCUUCAACAAAGCUCAAAACAUGA